AUGAACACAGUGUAUACCAGUACAAAGGGGAGACAGGAAUGGGGAACAAAGAAAUCGAAAUAUUAUGUUGUGCAGACGACGAUGCGUUAAUUGCCGAGAUAGAAGACGAGCUCGAAAGAUUAACACACAUCUGCAAUACAACAACUAAGAAAUACAAUAUGAUAAUAUCAGCAGAAAAAAUCAAAUGUAUGACAUCUAAAUACCCACUACGAUGUAAAAUCGAAAUUGAUGGGAAAAUAAUAAAGCAGGAAGCCAAGUUUAGAUAUAUGGGAAUAGAUAUAACUAGUUACAGAGAUGUUGAAGAAGGAGUACGACAACAAAGCUUAAAAGCAAGUAAAGCGGCGGGAUCUCUCAAUGACACAAUCUGGAAGAACAAACACCUAAGAAAAAACACAAAAACAAGAAUCUAUAUAGCAGCAAUUAGACCUAUAUUAACAUAGACGGCGGAGACAAGACCUGACACAUCUAA